AUGGCUUGGACGAGAAAUAGAAGUGCUAGCCUUGGAAAAAAAAGAAAUGCUUUAUUGGAGCAGUUAAGUUUUCUAGAGGCGGUGGAACAUGAACGACGUGUUCUUACCAGCAAUGCAAGUGAAAAAAAUGAUCAUAUUAAAGAAAUUAAUAGUAGCAACUCUAAUAAUGAAGCUAUGCAUGAUGAGAUAAUAAAUUCGGAGUCUAGAGACACUAUUGAAAACAUUUCUACUUCCGAUUUAAAACAAAAGGACUACGGUGCCGAACGUCAAGCUUCAAAAAGAUCGAAAGAUAUUUGCUUUGAUAUACUCAAACACACACAAAAAAAUAAUGAUGCAUCAGACUAUCUAAUUAAACAGAUUACUGCGUCUCUUUCUAUGCAACCUGCAGCUCCCGAAGAUGAAAUCGAUUUACUUUUCAAGAGCUUUGCAACGACUAUAAAAACUUUUCCACCCCCGUUAAAAGCCGAAACAAAAAGUAAGAUUUUCCGAAUAAUUUCAGAUGCAGAACUACAGUUACUGCAUUUCCAGAAUACUUUGGGUAAUUACAUUAAUUACAGGUACAACAUUUUAGAGAUGAAAUUCAGGUAG